GUCCUUUCUUUAGGCUAGCUAUUGCCACUACGCACACACGCACACAGGGCCCAGGUGCAUCUAAUCUAGCUUGACUACGUCCGUAGCAGCCUGGCCCUGUACCUGUCAUAGUAGUAGAGGAAGUAUUACAUCAGUUUUCCAUUCUUUCUUUUACAUUACAGCGGCAACAUUAAAAAAAAACCACAACAAGAUGUCCAAGAACGUCGACCAGGAGGAAUGGGAGGACUACGAUGGUGAGGAGAAGGAAGACGAGGAGGAGGAAGACACCACCAUUAACAACUCCGAUGUCGUGAUGCGCUACAAGAAAGCGGCCACGUGGUGCAAUGAGACACUGCGUGUCCUGAUCGACGCCACGAAGCCAGGCGUGAAGGUGUGCGACCUGUGCCGCCUCGGCGACGACACCAUCACCGCCAAGGUCAAGACGAUGUUCAAGGGGGCUGAGAAGGGCAUCGCCUUCCCUACCUGCAUCUCCGUGAACAGCUGCGUCUGCCACAACAGCCCCGGGGUGGCGGACGAGGCAACUCCACAGGAGAUCCACCUUGGCGAUGUCGUGCACUACGACCUCGGCAUCCACGUUGACGGCUACUGCGCUGUCGUCGCGCACACGAUCCAGGUGACGGAGGACAACGAACUCGGCAAGGAUGAGAAGGCGGCCCGCGUGAUUGCGGCAGCGUACAACAUCCUGAACACGGCGAUACGCAAGAUGCGCCCCGGCGCGACCGUUUACGAGGUGACGGAGGUCAUCGAGAAGGCUGCGGAGCACUACAAGGUGACCCCGGUGGACGGCGUGCUCUCGCACAUGAUGAAGCGCUACAUCAUCGAUGGUUAUCGCUGCAUCCCGCAGCGCAAGGUGGCGGAGCACAUGGUGCACGACUACGACCUCGAGAAGGCGCAGGUGUGGACGGUAGACAUUGUCAUGACCUCCGGUAAAGGCAAGCUGAAGGAGCGCGAUGCGCGUCCGGGCGUGUACAAGGUCGCGCUAGACUCUAAUUACUCCGUGAAGAUGGAGAGCGCCAAGGAGCUGCAGAAGGAGAUCGACUCCAAGUACGCCACCUUCCCCUUUGCCAUCCGCAAUCUGGAAACGAAGAAGGCGCGUCUGGGUCUGAACGAGAUGGCGAAGCACGACGCCGUCAUCCCGUACCCGGUGCUUUUUGAGAAGGACGGUGAGGUGGUCGCGCAUUUCAAGAUCACGCUGCUCAUCAACAACAAGAAGAUUGAGCCGAUCACCGGCCUGAAGGCACAGACGGCCCCGGCGCUGGAGCCGUACACGGACGAGCUGCUCCUCGCAACGAACAAGCUGUCUCUGUCGCUGGAGGAGAAGAAAAAGAAGGCGGCGGAGUAA